GUUUGAGAUAGUGGUUUGGAGCCGAGCUGCUAAGCCGAGACUUGUGUGCCGGGCUCAAACCUCCCCUCUGAAACAGUUCUUCUGGCCAUUUGUCCCUGUGGGUUUACGAAGGCGGAAGGGUCUCCGAGAAGAGGCAGCCCGGACCAGGGUCCCACAGACCUCACUGUGAGCCGCCUCUCUGCAGCUUCAGGCUCUUCCUUCCUAAACCAAGAAGACCAGGCGGAGGCUGCAGGUUCAAAGAAGACGCAGGGGAAAGGCCAGAAAAGGAUUCGGUGCUGAGGGUCUCACUAAGCAGGAGGAAGCCUCGGGGCCAUCGGUCUUCGGUGGACGCAGGCACAAGGAUCCAAAAGCGCAAUGCGACGAUUGGACCAAGGUCACUCGGCCUGGGGUCGGCUGUGACCCCGGAUGGCCUGAAUUCCAAGGCUUGGUCAACCACCAGGUUGCAGCCUGCAGUUGCUGGAGGAGCGCGGAGGUGGCGCCAAGGGGCUUCUGUUGGAGCCGUUGAGGGGAGCACCUCCCACCCGGGGACCUAGGCACUAACGGGGCGACCGGCCAGGGCAGUCCCCGAGCCGCGACCCUCCCCGGGAGGGGCGGAGCCUCAGCUCCGCCUCCUGGAGGCCCGGCUCGCCCGCGCGGCAGGCUGGGGCGGCGGCUGCCGUCGCCCGAGCGCGGAGGGGCCGGAGCCGCGGGCACCGCGCCGGGAGCGCUCUGCCUGCGGGGCUGUCCGCCGCCCGCCGCCCGCUCGGUGCCCGGCCGGGCCUCUUGGCCGCGGGCGUCCCGGGCAGGGCACGCAGGGCGCGGGGCCGGCUCAUGAAGCUCCCCGGCGCCGGGCGCGGGAGCGCGGGCCAGCCAUGGGCGGUAGCCUGCGGGUGGCCGUUCUGGGUGCUCCGGGAGUGGGCAAGACCGCCAUCAUCCGCCAGUUCCUGUUCGGUGACUACCCCGAGCGCCACCGACCCACGGACGGCCCCCGCCUCUACCGGCCCGCCGUGCUGCUCGACGGCGCUGUCUACGACCUGAGCAUCCGCGACGGUGACAUCACUGGCUCCGGCUCAAGCCCCAGAAGUCUCGAGGAGUGUCCGGACCCUAAAGACUGGAGCUGGCAGGACACGGACGCCUUUGUGCUGGUCUACGACAUCUGCAGCCCCGACAGUUUCGAUUACGUGAAAACCCUGAGGCAGCGCAUAGCGGAGAACAGGCCGGCGGGCGCGCCAGAGGCACCCAUCCUCGUGGUGGGCAACAAGCGGGACCGCCAGCGGCUGCGAUUCGGACCCCGUCGUGCACUGGCCACUCUAGUUCGCCGGGGCUGGCGUUGCGGCUACCUCGAGUGCUCAGCCAAGUACAAUUGGCACGUGCUGCGUCUCUUCCGGGAGCUCCUGCGCUGUGCUCUGGUGCGCACGCGUCCUGCGCAUCCGGCCCUGCGCCUGCAGGGGGCGCUGCACCCAGCGCGCUGCAGCCUCAUGUGACUCGCUUGGAAAGCGGGCUCCCACCCAGACUCCGGGCUUUUCUUUGACUUUGAUUGGACCCAGCCGACUCCCAAACAGAUCGGUUUUAUGAAACCUUAUUGGGUCACAAUCACAGAUGGAAAGGAUCUGAAUGUAUCAAUGUGACUGGAAGCGUUCGCACAGCUCCUGGCGCUUUCCUGGACACCUUGAGACAAGGUCUCUCACUACGUAGCCUUGACCCACCUGCCUCUCCACUGCUGGACUCGCUACUGGAGACACUUAAGUCAUGCCUUACCAGGUAAUAAAAACAAUUUAAAUGCACAA